AUGGCCGUCUCGCGGAUCCAGGACCGCACGGUCGAGUUCCAGGCGGUCGUCCAGCAGGCCGCGCGGCGGCAGGCACAGGCCAAGGGCGGCGCCGGCGCCACAGCCCAGACGAAGCGCUCCAUGAUGUUGCUGGGCAAGUCCAGCAACGACGCACAACGGCACGAGCAGGCGCAACCGCUGCUGUCGGCCGACGGCUAUCCAGACGCGGCAACAGCGCCAGGGACGCGGCCAGUGUCGUCUCGGUCCGAGUUUGCGCGGCGCGCGGCCGAGAUUGGCCGGGGCAUCUCGUCGACGAUGGCGAAGCUGGAGCGGUUAGCAUUGUUGGCGAAACGGAAGAGCAUGUUUGACGACAAGUCGACCGAGGUCAACGAGCUGACCUUUGUCGUGAAGCAGAAUCUGGCCGGCCUCAACCAGCAAAUCUCCAGCCUGCAGGCGCUCACGCGGCAGCAGCAGGGCAAGACGGAGGAGGGCGAGCACCGCAAGAACGUCGUCUUCUUGCUGCAGGACCGCCUGACGGGCGUGUCCGCCAACUUCAAAGAGGUCCUCGAGGUCCGCACCAAGAACCUGCAGUCUACUCGCGCCCGCACCGACAACUUCAUCUCCCACGUCGCCCAGACCGUCCAGCAGCAGCAGCAGCAGCAGCAACAAAAUCAGCAUCAACCACCCGGCGCCCUCCUCCACCAGCAGUCCGCAUCGCCUCUGUACGCCGCCUCGACAUCGGGCAGCGCCGCCGCGACGGGUGGCCGCAACACCCCGACGUUCCGCAAUGCCGCGUCCGGCUCCGCACCACCGGAUCUGCUCAGCGGCGGCAAUGGUGGUGGCAGCGGCAGCGGCGGCGGCCUCUUGUCGCUCAACCCCGCCGUCAGCGACCAGCAGCUCAUGCUCAUGGAGGAGGCGCAGCCCAGCAACAUGUACAUCCAGCAGCGCGGCGAGGCCAUUGAGGCCAUUGAGUCGACCAUCUCGGAGCUCGGCUCCAUCUUCAGCCAGCUGGCGUCCAUGGUCUCGGAGCAGUCCGAGAUGAUAGAGCGCAUCGACGCCAACACCGAGUCUGUGGUCGAGAACGUCCAGGGCGCCCAGAAGGAGCUGCUCAAGUACUGGGGCCGCGUGUCGGGCAACCGCUGGCUGAUUGCCAAAAUGUUUGGCGUCCUGAUGAUCUUCUUUUUGCUCUGGGUGUUGAUUGCCGGCUAG